ACUGAUGUGACAGCAGUCCAGGAUGGACCCACUAGUAUCACAGUGACCUGGACUCCUCCCUCUCCACUGGGAGAUACAACUGGCUACAGGAUCUCCUAUACCGGAGGAGGCAUCAGUCACUCUGUGAUUGUCAGUGGAGCAAACACUAGGAGUUACAUUCUGACAGAGCUGAGUAAUGGACAUGUCUACAGCAUUUCAGUUGUAACCACCGCAUCAGCCAGUUUUUCCAGUUUACCAGUACAGGCAGCAUCUGUUGGCUUGGUUCCAUUCACAGCUCCAGUUAUUCAUAGUGCAAGAGCUAAUGCCACAGCCAUCAAUAUCACUCAUAGUAUUCCUAGUGGCUCAGUAGUGACUGGUGUCUUUGUACAUUGGCAGAGAGACGGCUCAUUUGGCUGUCCCUACACCUACAACGACUAUAGCUUUGCCAAUAAUAUUUCUAAUGUCACCAUAACUGGACUGGAGGAAGACAGUAGGUACAACAUUACUAUGAGAGCAAUCAACGAUGCUGGUAGAGGUCCAGCCAGUAAUGCUAUCACUGUAACCACUCGGGAAGCAGUUCCUUCUUAUCCACCCCGGAGAUUCAGGAGAGAUACAAUCACACCAAACAGCAUCACUGUCCAAUGGGAAGAAAGAGAGUGUUACGAUCACAAUGGAGUCUUAACAGGUUACACUGUUCAAGUAUUGAGGAAUGGGGGAGUUGAAGAAACAGUUGAAGUUGGUGGCGAUGUUCUAGAAGCAACUGUAACUGGACUGACUCCAUCCACUACAUACAUUGUUCAAGUGGCAGCAGUCAAUAGUGUUGGUACUGGACCCUUCAACAGCACCUACUUUGACACUGAAGCACUUGUGGUUGGACUGGAGAGAACGUCCUACACUGUCUCAGAAUCAGAGGAAGCUGUUGAGAUCUGUAUCACUGCAGUAGGAGCCAAUACUCCAUGUCCCAGCACUCAGUCUUUUCAGGUCACCCUUUCAACCACCGAUGAAUGUGCAGUGAGCCCUUCAGACUAUGAAGCUGUGACUGAAGUGUUGACAUUUGCUCCAUGUGACACCCUACUCUGCAUGAAUGUGAUCAUCACAGAUGACCUGGUGAAUGAACCAGAAGAGGAGACAUUUUCCCUCAGUCUCACUAAGAUAUCGUCAUUCGUAACUCUCAGUACAACUGCUGGA